AUAUGUAUAUUGAUAUUAUAUAGAAAAAAAGCAAUAAUGAAUGUACCUGAUGAUGUACCUACGUUCAAAUGUGUAUUGGUUGGUGAUGGAGGUACUGGCAAGACAACAUUCGUCAAGCGUCAUUUAACGGGUGAAUUUGAAAAAAAAUAUGUUGCCACAUUAGGAGUAGAAGUACAUCCAUUGGUAUUCCAUACAACUCGUGGGGUUAUUCGAUUCAAUGUUUGGGAUACUGCUGGCCAAGAGAAAUUUGGAGGUCUCAGAGAUGGAUACUAUAUUCAAGGUCAAUGUGCUAUCAUCAUGUUUGAUGUUACCAGCCGUAUCACUUACAAAAAUGUACCCAAUUGGCAUCGAGAUUUGGUGAGAGUAUGUGAAGGCAUUCCGAUUGUGCUUUGUGGAAACAAAGUGGAUAUCAAGGAUAGAAAAGUAAAAGCUAAAACAAUUGUUUUCCACCGCAAGAAGAAUCUACAGUAUUACGAUAUUAGUGCUAAGAGUAAUUACAAUUUCGAAAAACCAUUCCUGUGGAUGGCCAGAAAAUUAAUCGGCGAUCCCAACCUUGAAUUUGUUGCUAUGCCUGCUCUUGUACCCCCAGAAAUUAAGAUGGACCCUCAAUGGCAAGAUCAAAUUGAACAAGACCUCAAGGAGGCUCAAGAAACAGCAUUGCCUGACGAGGAUGAAGACUUGUAAUUUAUUAGUCCCCCAUAAUUCAAUGAUUUGUCUGUUAACUGUCUCAAUUAAUCAAUUAUCUUGCACAUUAAGUUGAAUCUUUUUUUUAUAUACAUACUUAUUAAUAAUAAACUGCCUAUAUUUUCCAACAAACAGAAACAAAAAUAGUUAAUUAUUAUUUAAUUUAAAAAAUCAAAUUUUCCAUACAAUGUACAGUUAA